UGUGAGAAAAACUGGUUUGAGAAAGAUCUCUCUUUCUCUCCCCCUCUCUUUCUCUCUUAUUUAAGAUCAUCUAUUAUGGGUUUAAUUCUGAAUAUUGUCCAAUAAAUUCAAAAAGAAAAUCUUAGUAUUGACUAAACAAUAUUGACUUGUUUAAUAGGAAAUGAUGUUUUCCAUUCUUCUGCCAUAUUCUCGAAUUCUUCUUGGUUUAUUUCUUAAGUUUUUUAAUUCUUUCUCUUAUGUAAUGCUAUGUAAUGCAAAUAUAACAAUUUAAAAUGUAACUAGUGCUUUCAUCUUUUGGCAAUAUAAUCAAUCCUUGACUUGAUCCCUUGGCACUUUAGAGUUUAGAGUACUUUCACUAAGGAAAAAAGGAUAAUUCCUUUUCAAAGGACACAUGGUUUUUUUAUCUUUCCUCAAUUCUAUUAUUAGUUCGUGGCAUUCGUCAACCUAGUGAGUAGAGGAUAUUAUUACUUUUUUUUGUAUAAAGAUAGAAAAAAUGCUUCAUCUAGAAUUCUUUUCUCACGUUCAUAAACCAUGAUAGCUUUAAAACACAAGAAAGAAAGUCCUUCCACGCAGUCAGCAUCCAUGCUUCAUCCAUAUACAAAUCAUAUAGACAAAAGGUUAUGAAAAUGAAAUGGGAAUUAUAUCUUGUUUCAGGUACCUUACUGCUCAUCUUGGUACAUGCACCAUAACUUUCCAAAUUUUAACAACAGAUGGCUGUAGUUAACCAUUCAUAAGUUAAGUACAGGAACAAUGAAAAUCAGUCAUUCGUCUCAGUGCUACAUGUACCAAACUGAGAGUAUGAUAAAUAUGGCAUGGUAUACAAACCCAAAUAAAAACUAGUCUGCCAAAUGAAUCUUAAGUCAAUUAUUACAAUCUUUUAAUGGUCAUCACCAUCAUUGUCCUCAAGCACUCGUUGCACCCUUAUGUUCCUUCUUUCCUCGUCCUUCUUGUUUAGUUUAUUCAGUCCUACUGAUCAAAUUCCUCUCCCUACUAGCACCCCACCGUCCUUCUUGACUUGGUCAUUUUGUUAAUAACGAUACAUUGCUGAGAUAAUGAGUUUCGUGGUCAAUACUGGCUUUUGGUUUUGUUGCCUAUUCAUAAUGAGUUUUGUGGUCAAUGCUGGCUUCUGGUUUUGUUGCCUAUUCAAUCAGAGGAUCUGAAUGUAGUUACAAUAUCAGGACUCGAAACUUUUGAGUUGAAAAAUAAAUGGUCAAGCAAACAAAUGAGCUUUUAAAAUAUUAUACCUCACCUUUUUAAUAGGAUUAAAUUGUAGUGAAUGAAACAAGAUAUUUUAGAGGUUUAAAUUGUAGUGCAUGAAACUAGAUAAUUUAGUCAAAUAUAUUCUAGUGGGUUUCUCUUGUUUUGUAUGGGGGAAUUUAACUUCGAAUGCAUGCUGAUUUCAUUGGUGAUCAGUGGGGUUGUAAUUCCUCCCAAGAAGUAUAUCUGCAAUGAGAUGCAACAUUCGGAAGUGAUGAGAAAUCAAGACCUCAAUGCAAUUUCAAUUAAAUUUAACAAUAACUGAAUCAACAUUUUAUAUCAAGAAGGAAUAACUUUUUAAUCUGAAAUUUUUAUAAUUCAAUAAAAAAAUUGUAUGAAAUACAACUAAAACCGAAAAACAUUAUCAUGUUGCCACAAGGAUGCCAAAGCACGGCUUGCUGCACAUACUUCGGAUAUUGCAGAUUGAUAAAGUGUUGGACUGAUGGGCUAGAUUCAAGCUUUCUAAUGGUAUUUGUUGUUAUGUUCAUGAACUCCCUAUUUUCAGACUAGUUUGGGUUGAAAACGAAAUAGGGUUAAGAAUCAUCCUUCUAAGUUUGGGGAGAUAUGGACUACAAGAUCCACCUUGAGAAAUUAUUAAUAUUAACUAACAUCAAAAGAUUCUAUACUCCUGCGGGAGCAUACUGACAUUACUCCCUCGGAUAACUCCCAAUCUAGUAGUAUUUUUUGGACCUCAAAUUUUGGAGAUUUAACUUUUUCAAAUUAGAAUAAACUCAAACAGAAAAAAUGGAAAAAAGAAGAUUGAAAUCUUGAAAAUUCACCCUGUAUGUUCUUGAAAAAACAUCCCAAGAUUGAAUAGAAUCUGUCUAAGUUUUUAAAAGUGAUAUUUAAGUGGCGAAGAACUCAGAAUUCACUUCUUCUUCUUCCUUGUUUUUUUUUUUUUUCUUUCCAUAUUCAUCAGGUGAAUAUUUUGUGGAUCCCAAAAUUUCAAAUCAGAAAAUUAUCCGAAGCAUCUCUUUUGUCUGAGGGAGUAAGUGUACACUAUGCUCCCUGGAGAGCGCGUUAGACACUCUCUUAGCCGAUAAGUCAAGUAAGAGGACUUGAUUGUCUUCUAUGUUUUCCUUUAUUGCUAGUUUGGCUUAUUCAUAGCCUCUUAAAGAAUCAGAUAAUUUUCCCCAUUGGUUCUAUAUAACAUAGUAAUUCCCUUGGUCUUCUCCAUUUUUUCUAUCACUCUUGGAAAUUAUUUUGGUUAGUCAAAUCUUCUAAUAUUUGAUCUGUGCAACAAAUAUUUCAUGGUCAGUACAACCACAAUUCUUUUGGCAUUAUUGGGAUGGAAACAUCUGACCUCACACCACCCAAUGUGGAUAUGGUAUUGUUUUGAUCCAUAGGGAAACCUCUUUGAGUUAUGGAAAUACAUAUUUCACCAUGGUGGAGGAAGAUGGGAACAUGAAACGCUCAUCUUCCAUUCGUUUAACCUCCUUUUUUAUUUCACUGAGGAAAAACUUGCCUCCACUCUUGCAACAUAAUUAUGAGUGAAUUGGCAUUAGGAGCUUUGCCUGGACUACAUUCAGAGUUCAUUCUUGCCCUUGGAUGUAACUGUUUGUAAUCCCUGACUAGUAAAAGUGACAAAGAAAUCUCUGCCUUGGGUAUAAAACUAUUUAUUUUCUACUGCGUCUUCCACAUUUAUAAGCAGUUCUAUACAUUUUGUUCCAUCAGAUAAUUGGUGGAUCCCUAUGACUACUUGAUUACUUGUGGAUGGAGACACCAUUAGCUAGCAAGUUAUGUGAAAUCCAUAUUUUCAUCACUCCACUGUAUUACUUUCAGCUUCUGAAAUGAACUGAUUUAUAUGUUGAGGAAGUAAAUAUUCUUGAGAUCGUAGCCAUGUUUCCUUGCUAGAGAACUGCUCCAAUGAGCCCAUCUGACUUGGAUGAAGACAAAACUUUUGGGACGGGGCUUUGAUAGAAGUGGAUCAGUUACACAUAAUAACAGAUCGCAGGUCACAACCAGCACUUAUGGAGUCAAGGCCAAAAGUCAUUUAUCUUGAAGUGACCUUAACAAGUGCCGUGCCCUAUGGUUCUUUUUGUACUCUGCAAACUCUUGGGGUAUAUAUCAAUGAAAUAGGACCAUCUUACAUAUUUGUAAUUCAUGAUAAAACAAAGGGAAAUAAAUUUGUGGGUGUUACUGCAAUCAAUUUUAAACUAGAUAUUUUACAGCUAAGGAAUUAUUGUGGAUCUUUUGAGCUUUAUAUGUCCUUGCACAUAUUUAUGAUAAUAAUUGUCUUCCACUCUCAUUACUGGAGCUCAAAUUGUUCAUUAUUUGUCUAUAGUUCUUCAUUUCUAUUGCUUUAUUUUCUUACUUUAAUAGACUUUAUUAGGUAUUGGGUCAUGAUGUAUUCAUAUGCUGACUUUUGUUUUGUUAUUAUUACAUGUAAACAUGGUCAUCGAAGACCUUCAACACCUUGUUUCGAUUGAUAGUGGAGACCCAAUUGAUAGGAAAGGGUCUAACUUUCAACAUCUGCGCAGACUGGUAACUUGGAUAGUUGCUGCUGUGAUUGUUCUCACUGCAAUAGCAGCAAUUAUCUUUUUAUGGUUCAUAUUGAGGGGCAAGGGGAAAUCAGUUGCUUCAAUUUAUGGCAUUAAAUGGUUAUCUUGUUGCUUGCCUCGUUUCUACCAUUCUACAGCACUUAAAACUUCAACUCAUCAUCAUACUUCAUUCAGAGAUUCUGAAGUGCUGGCUGUUAAAUCAUCAAGUUCUGAGAAGGUUGUGGUAUUUACACAUUAUGAAAUUUGUGAAGCAACUGCAAAUUUCAACGCAUCAAAGAAACUAGGGCAAGGAUCUUGUGGUGCUGUUUACCAUGGAAGACUAAGAGGAAGAGAGGUAGCAAUCAAGCAAAUGAAGAACACAAAGUCCAGGGAGUUCUUAGCGGAGCUUAAUAUCCUCUGUAAAGUUAAUCAUUCAAACUUGAUUGAACUUACAGGAUAUGCUGCUGGGGGAGAGUCUUUAUUUCUUGUUUAUGAAUUUGCUCAAAAUGGUACACUCAGUGAUCACUUGCAUGGAAUACAUAGAAAAGGUUUUAAACCUCUUUCGUGGACCAUGAGAGUCCAAAUUGCUCUUGAUGCAGCAAAAGGCCUUGACUACAUUCAUGAGAACACAAAACCUUAUUUUGUUCACAGGGAUGUGAAGACAAGCAAUAUUCUUCUGGAUUCUUGUUUUAGAGCAAAGAUUUCAGAUUUUGGACUGGUAAAAUUGCUGGAGCAUUCUCCAGAAAUUGGCACUGCAACAUCAAAAAUAGUUGGGACAUUUGGAUACCUUCCACCUGAAUAUGUUCGAGAUGGAUGUGUGACACCAAAAAAUGAUGUCUAUGCAUAUGGUGUUGUACUUAUGGAACUGAUUACUGGCAAACCAGCACUCUCUAGAAGCUCUAGUGAUGGUAAUGCUGAAAAUAUUGAACACCGGUCCCUUGUCUCCUUUAUGCUAUCAACCUUAGAUGCCAGUGAUGACCCUGGAGCACUUCUGGCUCAGUUUGUGGACCCGAACCUUACCUACUAUCAGCAGGAUUCCCUCAUCCAGAUGGCUCUUUUAGCAAAGGCUUGUGUUGAUGAAGAUCGGUAUCGGCGCCCAGAUAUGCAUGGCAUUAUCCUUCGUCUAUCUGACAUCCUCGCUUGUUCCUUGGAGUGGGAAGCAGCCACAGAGCAGCAUUCAAUUCAGGAUCUCUACCCCUUAACGUCUUCAUUUUCAUAUUCAAAAUAGUUGAUAAUAAGCCCAGUGUCAUCUUUUUGUUUUGUGGGGAAAUCAAGGAUAAACCUGCUGAGAAAAUAUAAAGCUUGCCCUUUAUUAUAUAUAUCUUUGUUGGAUGAGGCACACUAGGUAUCCCAAGCUCAAAUCGGAGGAAACUCAGAAGUCAUAACAUCUUCAUACCUCUUCAAGGCAGUGAUCUAUCUUUAUGGUUGUGUUUAAAAGGAAACAAUGUAAUUUAAGAUACUAGUGUAGCAUAUAAUAGCAAUUGGGAGUUAGGAAUCCAUGCUGAAACUUGUGUGACAAAGAAGUUGUAAUACCAAUAUAUGAUUUCGAUCACGUCUGAUAAGAAUAAUCAUUUUCAGUGGAGGGCUACAGGUAGAUGGCUGGUGCUCACAUGUACUGUGCUUCUCGUUAUUGACAGCCUGUAUAUUGAUUUAUCUAGAUUUAUUUCUUGUAUCUAUGAAGUUAUUGUUUCCUCCAAUGAUACUAAAGUUAUUCAUUUAGUAUGUAUAUUUCCUACCAUACCUAUACUUUUGGUUAAGUCCCACUUGAGACCUUGGACUCAUAACCUAGUUGAUAAUGUUUCUAUGGAUUCUGCAAUGGCUCUAAUUGCUCUGUUUUUCCA